CACGCCUUACGCAAAGGCUGCUUGGGCUUGUAUGGCUAUUGCAUAUAUUUUCAAGCAACUCCAGCAUAAUUCUAGGUAAAAAUACGACGUUGACGAAUAUUACAGGUGCCUACGCUUCCAAGGUUUAUUACGACCACGCACCCCGCACUUAAGACACUCGUUCGACACCACAUCCAACGCACACCUGCGAUCAUCUUUCCUCCCACCCUCCAUCUCCCAAAGCACUGCUAGUAUUCUCUUCAUUCAUCAUGCAUUCCCCACCAUACAUCUUUUUCCACGGCCCGAAAGGUUACUGGUGGGAAGACGGAACCGACCCUGCGUUAAAAAAGCUCCCUACCCUCAACGACGCGCCGCACGAUCUCCUCCCAUCCCUUGCCAUCAACGUGUCGCAGCCCGACGCCCUUGUGGCUUGGCUCGAGACGAACAACGCCGCUCUAAUCACCGAUCUCACCGUCCAUGUCGACGCGACCGCCAGCGCACCCAGUCCCCAGCGCUGGUGCGUGCUCUUCGACAAACUACGACGCGAAGCAACGAAUCUUCAAAAUCUGAGCGUCUACUGGGAUGCAGACGGUCUCAUACACAUGGGGCUGGGCAAGAGCGUAGUCUUUAUCCGCGGGCUGGCGCAGCUCAAGGUGCAGAGAUCAGUGGAGAUUGGCGGGUUUUAUGCGACGCAGUGGCCGAGAUAUUUGGAGGCGAAGAUGGGUCUGAAGCCGGUUGAUAAAAAUAUUGUUCCGGGGGGUGCUUGGGAGGGGUUGCUGAGGGAUUACCAGAGAGGCACUGAGCACCGGAAUCCUUGGAUUGACUCGAAGGAUGGAACAUGGGACACACCACACUCCGUCGACCUCUUCGGGUGUGCACGCUCCUGAUGAUUCUACUGUUUCUUGUUUUUUUUUUCGGGUAGCCGGUGAAGGACUCGUGCACACGCUCUCUAGCUGCUUUUCGUGCUGGGCGGGUUAGUAGUUAGCUGGCAAUGUCACAGCUAAAUGCCCAAAAAAAAAAGGACCACCAAGAUA